AUGAGUAAUAAUGACUAUUAUAAUGAGGAGGUACUGUUAAUAGAUUCUACAACAGAAAGUGCCAGUAUAGAUAAAGUUAUUGAUAAAAUAAAUAAUCUAGCAGGAGAAAUUAAUUAUUUUGGAAAUGAGGGUGUAGGUCAAAUUAUGAAUUUUGUCUCAAAUGCAGAAUCAAUUGUUAAUAGGCAGAAGACAAAUUUUGAAGGUGUGGGAGAGAAUGCAGAAAAAAUGAUAGAUAAUAUAAAUUAUAAAUUUUCAAAUUGGCCUGUUCAGGCAGCAAUAAUAGCAGGAAUAAUAGGAGCAAUUAUUAUUGUAUUACUUAUUAUUUUUUUGGUUGUUUAUACUGUUUAUGUUUGUAUAUCAUGGAUAAAAUUACCUGAUGAGGAAACAUUAACUAAUAAUUUGAAAAAAAAACAAAUGACAAAACAAAGUAAAGGAUCUAACUACGGUUACAUAGAAAAUAUUGAAAGAUAA